AUGUGGCUUAUCGUUACUUGCAUGGAGCAACACACCAACGAAUGGCUCGCGCAGAAUAUACCGGGGAACAGCGGACGAACCUCACACUCCAUUGCAGGCCACCUCGCAGAUCUUCGUACAAAGGGCAAGCUCCCUCGAAGCUGGAGACAAGCAAAUGUCAACAGGGUAACGUCUUGGUCAAUCGCUGAGGACAUGGAAAUACUGGAGUGGAUACUUCACGCCAAAUCACGAAUCGAUCCUGUGGUAUUCGUCGCCGCCGAUCGUUCUGGAACGGCAAUUACCAAUCGAGCAGAAUACCUGAUGGCUGACGAGGGGUUCGCCGCGCUUGUUCAUGACACCGAAGAGAGCCUUAGAUUGGCCCAGCUUAACUACGACGUGACUGAGGAAGGUCCAGAGAAGGAGGAAGCAUACGAUAUUCUCGUGAUUGCCGAGGAUGAUAGCGAUCGUCUCAUCCGUGACGCACUGCAGAAGUCGCUUGCUAGUCGAUCGUAA